ACAAAAUUGAUUCGGAACCACACUAGUAGUACAAACCCAAAAGGUUAUGACCCUAAUUUCACUUAUCUAAAUGUUAAAUAAAACUCACGUGCGAAGAUACAUUAUUGGAGGGGUGAUUACGUCGCUCAUUUAUCAUAUAAAAGAAAUGUGUCGCAGCAUCUUCAUUUACCAAAGCUUUCCAAUUGUUGUGUAUUUAAAAAUGAAUUUAUUUUUAGCGGUUACCGCUACUCUUAUCACUCUAGCAGUAGCAAAACCUCAAUACAAUUAUCCGGCACCAUCGCCGUUACCUAGCGGUAAUUAUGGAACACCAGGAAUUGGUGGUGGCAGCACUGGUGGAAUUAUUGGAGGCAGCGGUAUCGGCGGAAUAAUUGGAGGGGGAAAUAUAGGAGGGGGAAUUGGUGGAAGUGGUAUCGGAGGAGGAAUUGGUGGAGGCAGUAUCGGAGGAGGAGGAAUUGGUGGAAGUGGUAUCGGAGGAGGAGGAAUUGGUGGAAGUGGUAUCGGAGGUGGAAUUGGUGGAGGCGGUAUCGGAGGUGGAAUUGGUGGAGGCGGUAUCGGAACAGGCGGAACUUUGGUUCAAAAGCAUAUUUACGUUCACGUAGCGCCUCCGGAACCGGAAGACUUCAAAGUAAGGAAUCCUUUAACGGUUGGACAAGCAACCAAACAUUACAAAAUCAUCUUCAUCAAAGCGCCUUCCGCCCCAGCACCGACGGCUCAACAAAUCGCUUUAGCAGCACAAAAUCAAGAGAAGACUUUGAUUUAUGUUUUGGUUAAAAGACCUGAAGAAGCAGCUGAUAUCAGUGUACCGACAGUAGCACCAACGGCACCAUCGAAACCAGAAGUUUACUUCAUAAGGUACAAAUCCAAGACUGAAGCCGUAGGUGGUGGAGCUGCGGGAAGUGGGGGAGGAAGUAUUGGUGGAAUUGGAGGAACAGGUAUAGGAGGAGGAAGUAUUGGUGGAAUUGGAGGAACAGGUAUAGGAGGAGGAAGUAUUGGUGGAAUUGGCGGAGGAAGCAUCGGUGGUGUCAGUGGAGGAAGUAUCGGUGGAGGUGUUAUUUCUGAAAGUAUUUCCAGUGGUAGCAGUAGUAUAUCAACCGGAGGAACAAUUGGAAAUAGACCAGCCACCAAUUAUGGUCCUCCAGGACAAAGCGGACCUUAUAUUUUAGCUAUAACAGUCGCUACAAGAGCUGAAUGCCUUUCUUCUAACGUGCCUCGUCGAAAUACCGAGAAGUCGAUUCCAUUUGAAACGUCAAAUAUUAAUGAUGGAAUUAUUCCAACCACCACUACACCCAUAGAACUAAAUAGCGCGUUCGUUUCAUCGACUCCCUCACCUCUCGGAUUCCGAAGCGAAUAUGUAUCAACUCUAAAUCAAAAUAGUGAAUACGGCGACUCUAAUCCCGCACUAAAUCUUCAAAAUCCGAAUUUCAAUACCUUUUUGGUGCCCCAAUUCGUCUCCGGUAAUCCUCGAUUAAUAAACAUCGACACGAACUCGAAUAGCUUCGCGCAACAAAUCCCUCAGAGGUUAGGAGACUACAAUUCAGUAACGAUAGAAAGUACCACCAGCGGCGGUUCUUUAAAUGACGCAUUCGGGAUAUCGGAAGAUGUAAUUGAAACACAAAAACCGGAAAAGAGUAUUUAUUUUUUCGUCGCCCCUAGGGAAUUGGAACCUAUUCGACCUAGAAUACAAUUUCAAAAAAACAAAAAAAAAGUGAACGUAGUAUUCAUAAAAGCUCCAUCCGCCCCAUCUUUAGGCACCAUCGAAGUUACCGCGCCGGCGCAAGAGUCGCCGGAAAAGACCAUCGUAUACGUUUUAGUGAAAAAACCGGAAGAACAACAAAAAAUUAUUGUUAAACCCGCCCCGGUAGUUAAACCUAGUAAACCAGAAGUUGUUUUCAUAAAAUAUAAAGACGAAGAAGAAGCACAACAACAUAUAAAUAAGGUGCAAGCUCAACACGACGCUUAUAUAAAAAAUCAGGAAGUUGGACAAGAAAUAUUGAACGCGAGACCUAGUGGAGAAUAUAUUCCGAAUUUACAAGUAAAUGAUUUCGGUACCACCACCGAAUCAACUUAUCAAACGGAGGAGAACGAAGUCAAUCAAGGUCCUCAACAAUACUUCUCAAAUUAUAGAUUCGACAACGUCCCGUUGGAAUAUACCACUACCACAAUAGCACCACCACCAGUUCAAUUCCAAACGGCACAGCAACAAUUGAUACCAAAUUAUAAUCCCGUACAACAAACCGAUUCACCCGUAGAUGACGUCACUCAAAGAAAAUCUUUCAAUUACGCGCCGUUGACUUACACAACUUCGACGCCACAAGUUUCGGUCAACGAAUUUACCAAUAAUGAAAAUGUAAAUAACGUUAUCGCGAUUGGUAAUAAGCAGUCAUCGAUUUUAGCUAUAUUAGCUACCACAAGAGCCGCAUUCAUCCCUUCUAAUCUACCUUUGGGAUUCCAAUAUCAAAACGUAAAAUCAAAUCCAUUCGGAUCAUCACAAGCUCCAUUCAAUGGAGGCUUUUUCUCAACUUCCACUCCUGCACCGAUAGAACUGAACAGUGCGUUUGCUUCAUCGACUCCAUCACCACUAGAUAGUGCGUUCGUUUCGUCGACUUCCUCGCCGUUAGAUAGUGCGUUCGUUUCGUCGACUCCAUCACCACUAGAUAGUGCGUUCGUUUCAUCGACUCCAUCACCACUAGAUAAUGCGUUCGUUUCGUCGACUUCCUCGCCACUAGAUACUGCGUUCGUUUCGUCGAGUUCUUCACCGCUCGGAUUCAACAACGAAUUUCUAUCAAGUGGAAUAGAUGGAAACGCGUUUGAAUCUAUCAUUUCAUCUACCCCUAAACCCACAAUUUUUUCAUCAACUUUAAACGGCAUAAACAGUGAAUUCGUUAGUUCUACGCCAGCACCUGCUAUCUUAAAUCAAAAUUUCAAUUCUUUCUUUUUGCCAAACACUAGUAACGGAUUUUUAUCUGGUAACGGUUUCGAAUCUAUCAUUUCUUCCACACCUAAUCCCAGUAUUUUGUCUUCAACUUUCAAUUUAGACGGUCUUAACAGCGAUUUCGUCAGUUCUACUCAAUCACCUCUUCCCUUAAACCAAUAUUUGAAUCAGUUCGAUACAUCGAGCAUCGGUGUACCCCCAUUUCUCGCACAGCAAAAUUUCGAUACCGUAUCAAUCGAUAACAUCAACAGCGGUUUGCCGCAAGGCUUUUUCGACACCCAAACUCAAAGACCGGAGGUGGAGAAAAACGUUUACUUCUUCUCCGCCCCCGAAGAACCAGAACCCGUUAAACCUAGAGUUUAUUUCGAAGACGAUAAAAAGAACGUUAAUUUGAUCUUCAUUAAAGCUCCAGUCGCUCCAUCUCUAGGAACAAUCGAGAUAACUCCACCAAAAAAGGAAUCUCCCGAAAAAACGGUUGUCUACGUAUUGGUGAAGAAACCGGAAGACCACCAGAAUAUAGUAGUGAAAUCAUCUCCUGCAGUCACACCCAACAAACCGGAAGUAGUUUUCAUUAAAUAUAAAAACGAUCAAGAAGCACAACACGCCAUCACUAGAGUACAAGCACAGCAAAAAGCAAAUUUGCAAAAUCAGCAAUUCGGUAGGGAUUAUAUUACAAACGGAGCUCUUUUGCGGCAAUCCGUUAUCCCAGGUUUUAGUACCACCACCGAGUCAACUUUCUCGACUUUGGGUAAUGUCGUCACUCAAGGUCCUCGGGUUCAAUCUUUACCAGAUAUCGGUGUGAAUUAUGGUCAAGGUCUCAUUCAAUCCCAAUCCCUAUUUAAGCCGGAAUAUAUAUCAAACGGAGGACUUUUGCAGCAGCAAUCCAUUAUCCCGGGUUUCAGUACCACUACUGAGUCGACGUUAGGGAAUGAAGUCACUCAAGGCACUCGGGGACAACUACCUCUACAAUCUUUAGCGAAUCUCGGUUUGAAUUACGACCAAAUUCAAUCCGUGCCUAAAUCUGAUUAUAUAUCAAACGGAGCAGUUUUGCAACAAUCUGUCAUCCCAGGUUUCAGUACCACUACUGAGUCUGCGUUGGGAAAUGACGUUACUCCAGGUACUUUCCAAUCUCUAUCGAAUCUAGGUCAACAAUCUAUUGUUUCUAGUUUCGGUACUAGCACCGAAUCUCCAAUAGAAAGUGCAGUUAGUCAAAGUACCGUUAAAUCUUUCACUGAUUUGGGUUUAAAUUACGGAAUUAACAGCGUGCCUUUGGUGUAUAGUACUCCAAGACCACAAGUUGAAAUUAACGCUAUUUCUAAUAACGCUAUAGAUAAUUUUGUAUCAAUCGGAGGUAGGCAAUCACAUUCCGAUCUAAUCGAACAAUCAACUAUAGCACCAGUGGUACAAUCGUCAUCUAUUUCACCUUGCGGAUCUUCAACUCAAUCACCGAUCAGUUUUUCAACCACUUUGGGUCCAAGUAUUACAAGUUUGAACCCUUUUUAUAAAAAAAAGUAA